AUGGUGCUGAGCGCCGAUCAGGUGAACCUCAUCGGGCAGGUGUUCGAGUCCUACGUGCUGGAGCACCACAGGGACGACAUCCUGGGCAUCCUGAGGGAGGCCGACGACGAGGCGCACUAUCCCGUCGUCGUCGACCUCUAUUUUGGAAGUUUGCCUGUUUGCCCAGAGCUGACUCGAGAGCACAUUCCUAAAACCAGAGAUGUGGGUCACUUUUUGUCUGUUACUGGGACUGUCAUACGUACCGGUUUGGUGAAAGUUUUGGAGUUUGAACGGAGUUAUAUCUGCAAUAAGUGCAAGCAUGUGUUUGUCAUCAAGGCUGACUUUGAACAGUACUACGCGUUCUGUCGUCCAUCAGCCUGUCUCAAUGCAGAAGGCUGCAACUCAACCAAGUUCACAUGUCUCUCUGGAACAACCUCUUCUACCUGCUGCAGAGACUAUCAAGAAAUCAAAAUUCAGGAACAGGUUCAAAGACUGUCUGUUGGAAGCAUCCCUCGUUGCAUGGUGGUUGUUCUGGAAGAUGACUUAGUGGACAGUUGCAAGUCCGGAGAUGACAUCACAGUGUAUGGAGUGGUAAUGCAAAGGUGGAAACCUUUUCACGAGGAUGCACGCUGUGACUUGGAGCUUGUUCUGAAAGCCAACUAUGUUAAAGUGAACAAUGAGCAGCUAGCAGGGGUUGUAAUUGAUGAAGAAGUUCGCAAGGAAUUUGAAGACUUCUGGGAAAAGCACAGGAAUGAUCCCUUAGCAGGGAGAAACGAAAUUUUGGCUAGCUUAUGUCCUCAAGUUUUUGGAUUGUACCUGGUGAAGCUGGCUGUAGCCAUGGUGCUUGCUGGUGGUGUACAGAGGACUGAUGCUACUGGAACUCGAAUCAGAGGUGAAUCACAUCUUUUGUUGGUCGGAGACCCAGGUACAGGGAAAUCCCAAUUUCUCAAGUAUGCAGUAAAGAUUAUACCACGGUCGGUGCUCACUGCAGGAAUUGGAUCUACAAGUGCAGAUCCUUAA